AUGGCGUGGUGGUUGUUUUGGGUAGUUUCAGUGGUGGCAGUGAUCGGAGGGGGUGGCCGGAUUGUCCAAGGAGACGUCACCUAUGAUGGAAGAUCGCUCAUCAUCAAUGGACAGCCGCGGAUUCUCUUCUCUGGUUCAAUUCAUUAUCCUCGUAGCACUCCCGAGAUGUGGCCAUCUUUGAUAGCUAAAGCCAAAGAAGGUGGAAUAGACGCGAUAGAAACCUACGUGUUUUGGAAUCAACAUGAGCCUCAACAAGGCCAGUAUAAUUUUGAAGGAAGAUUAGACAUAGUGAAGUUCAUCAAGGAAAUCCAAGCGCAAGGCCUCUAUGCAACCCUUCGGAUCGGACCCUUCAUUCAAUCCGAAUGGACUUAUGGAGGGCUACCUUUCUGGUUGCAUGAUAUUAAAGAUAUUGUUUAUCGCUCUGAUAAUGAGCCCUUCAAGUUCUACAUGCAAAACUUCACAACCAAGAUAGUAAACUUGAUGAAAUCUGAGAAGCUGUAUGCUUCACAAGGAGGUCCCAUAAUUCUGUCACAGAUUGAGAACGAAUACAAAACCGUCGAAGCUGCAUUUCAUGAAAGAGGACCACCUUACGUUCGUUGGGCUGCAGCAAUGGCUGUAGGGCUCAAUACUGGUGUUCCAUGGGUGAUGUGCAAGCAAGAUGAUGCCCCUGAUCCAGUGAUAAAUGCAUGCAAUGGGCUGAGAUGUGGUGAAACAUUUGCAGGACCCAAUUCACCAAAUAAGCCAGCAAUAUGGACAGAGAACUGGACAUCCCAAUACCAAGUAUUUGGUGGAGCACCAUACAUAAGGUCUGCUGAAGACAUUGCUUUCCAUGUUGCACUUUUCAUUGCUGCAAAGAAAGGAAGCUACAUAAACUAUUACAUGUAUCAUGGUGGAACAAAUUUUGGAAGGACAGGCUCGGCAUAUGUGACAACUAGUUACUAUGAUCAAGCUCCUCUUGAUGAAUAUGGUUUGAUUAGGCAACCAAAAUGGGGCCAUCUCAAGGAAUUGCAUGCUGCAGUAAAGUUGUGCUCUACAACAUUACUUUUGGGUUCAUAUACUAGUUCCUCUCUAGGUGAAUUACAACAGGCUCAUAUUUUUAAAGACAAAGCGGGAAAAUGUGCUGCUUUUCUUGUGAACAAUAGUUCAAGAAAUUCUACGGUGAAAUUUCAAAAUCAGUCAUAUGAAUUACCCAGAAGGUCAAUUAGUAUCUUGCCAGAUUGCCAGAAAGAAGUCUUCAACACUGGAAAGGUUAGCUCUCAAUUUAAUAAAAGAUCUACAGUACAAGUCACGACGUUCAACUCAGCUAAUCAAUGGAAAGAAUUUCAAGAUGUUAUCCCUAAAUUUGAAGAUACAUCUUUAAGAGCACAAAAUAUGCUGGAGCAUAUGGGUACAACUAAGGACAAGUCAGAUUAUCUUUGGUACACUUCCAGCUUUCAGCAAGACUCCUCUAGUGCUAAAUAUCUCAAAGUCAACUCCCUUGGCCAUGUUGUUCAUGCUUUUGUCAACAACUUAUAUGUGGGAUCUGCACAUGGUAGUAAGGACAAUAUAGGUUGUGCCCUCAAUGCUUCAAUUUCUCUAAAUAAAGGGAUGAACAGAGUUUCAUUAUUAAGCGUAAUGGUUGGAUUGCCGGAUUCAGGACCAUAUCUUGAGCGUAGGGUUGCAGGAUUAAGAAAAGUACUGAUUCAAGGCAAUGGCAAAGCAGGUUCUCAAGAUUUCACUAACUAUAGCUGGGGAUACAAGGUUGGGCUAUUGGGAGAGGAUUCACAGAUAUAUAAUGAUGAAGGAUCAUAUAAAGUUCAGUGGAGCAAUGUUGGAAACUCUAAGCCUCUCAUGUGGUAUAAGACAUCUUUCAAUGCACCUAGCGGGGUUGAUCCUUUAGUCCUAAAUCUUGGCUCAAUGGGAAAAGGUGAAGCUUGGAUUAAUGGCCAAAGUAUCGGUCGUUACUGGUCUUCUUUUCGCAUCCCAAAUGGCGAUCCCUCGCAAACAUUGUACCAUGUUCCUAGGUCUUUCCUCAAACCCUCAGGAAACCUUCUAGUCCUAUUUGAAGAAUUUGGUGGGAAUCCACUCCAAAUCACCCUGAACACUGUAUCAAUCACUAAGAUGGUGGGAGAGGGCUUGCUUGGGAAAGACAGUUCGUUAGAUUCCCCAAACAAUCAGGAGUUUUGGUAGAGAUCCAUGUCCAGAUGUUCCAAAAGAUAUAUUGGUGGAUGCAGAAUUUAGUUCUAGGGACCUAGAUGGUCCAAAGAGUAAUUUAAUUUAAUUAUUUGUAUAAGCUUCCAUAAAGCUACCAAUAUGGUA